AAAACCCUAUCUGACGAUCUUCCAUCUCUAAGGAGAUCAUAUUCUCUCUCUCUCUCUCUCUCUCUCUCUCUCUCUCUCUCCUUCCUCUUACUAGGUUUGCUUUCGUGCUCCCCCUUCUCUCUCUCUCUUGUUUGCUUAUUAAGAGCACAAGUCUUAGAAAAAAGACAUAAAUACAAAAACAAGGGAAAGCUCACUCCACUCUCUCUCUCUCUCUCUCUAAAAGCACACACACAAGGCUGCAAGUUUUAGUGUAGGGGAAAAGGGUUUUUGUUCUUCUUGGUUAUAAGGUUUGUAUUGUUGAUGGAUUUGUUGUUGCAGGAAACAAGAAACAGCAACAGAACCAGAAGAAGAAAGAAGAUCAUCAGCUUUGUGAUGAUAUGAAUGGAAGAUCAAGGAGGAGGUGAUCAUCAUCAGAACCGAGAGAAACACAAGAUCAUCAACCACAUGGGGUCGGCCGCAGGGUAUUGCUACUCCGACGACAACCCGAACAGCAUCCAAUCCCAGAUGGACCAGUUCGAUUCCAACCCGGAUCAGAUUUUCAACUUGUCCACGGGCAUGGACAUCAGCGCCAUAGGGAUAGGGGGGUACCCGAUCGCCGUACCGGACCAAUCAGCACCCCUCUGGCACGACCAAGAGAGCCCGGAUCGAAUCGGCAUCGAUGCACAUGACCACACCAGAUCACUGCCCUUCGACGCCUCGUCUUUGAGGUGUGUGUUUCCCUGUGAGGGAAAUGAGAGGCCCAGCCAGGGCCUCUCGCUCUCUCUCUCCUCGGCGAAUCCUUCGUCGAUCGGGUUACAGUCCUUCGAGCUGAGGAAUCAACAGCACCAACAACAGAACCCAGAUCACGAAAUGAUCAGAUUCGGUACUGGAUCGGGUCCGCGGUCGGAUCACGGGUCGUUUGGCAAAUCCGUGGCGGGAGAUGGGUAUUUGGGGAAACCAGGAAACAUCCAUCAGUUGGUUCAGAUCAGGAACUCCAAAUACCUGGGCCCGGCUCAGGAGCUCCUGAACGAGUUUUGCAACCUGGGAUUAACUGCCGGCCAAACAGGCCCCAAGGGAAAAACAAUAAAGCCCCAUCAUGAGAACACUGCAGCAGCAAGCACCAGCACUGCUGCUUCUGCUUCUGUUUCCAAAAACAAAAGCUUGUACGGCGGCAGCAACAGCAGCAUUGAAGUCCUGGAGCUGCAGAAGAGGAAAUCGAAACUGUUUUCAAUGCUUGAAGAGGUGGAUAGAAGAUACAGGCACUACUGUGACCAAAUGAAGGCGGUGGUGGCCUCCUUCGAGGCGGUUGCCGGCCACGGGGCGGCGGGGGUUUACUCGGCCUUAGCUUCGAAGGCCAUGUCAAGGCAUUUCAGGUGUCUAAGGGACGGUAUAGUAGGCCAAAUCAAGGCCACAAAAGAGGCCAUGGGGGAGAAAGACGUGACGGUUCCAGGGGCUUCCCGUGGCGAAACGCCGAGGCUCAGGCUUCUUGAUCAGACGUUGAGGCAACAACGGGCUGUUCAACAGAUGAGUUUGAUGGAGAGUCAUCCAUGGCGGCCUCAACGUGGUUUGCCGGAGAGAUCAGUGUCGGUGCUCCGGGCUUGGCUUUUCGAGCAUUUCCUCCACCCGUAUCCAAGCGAUGUAGAUAAGCACAUUUUAGCCCGCCAAACAGGCCUCUCAAGAAGCCAGGUGUCUAAUUGGUUCAUCAAUGCAAGAGUGAGGCUGUGGAAACCCAUGGUGGAAGAAAUGUACUUGGAAGAGACAAAGGAGCAAGAAAACAACAACAUGGGCUUGGGGGCCUCUUCCUCGGAUGACAUGAUCAAUAUCCGAGCCAACCCAACCCGACCCGAAGACCAGAAACCGACGCCGGACCAACUGGUCCGGAUUGAUUCGGAGUGUCUCUCUUCCAUCAUCAACAACCCGGAAAAAAACGACGCUAAGCACAUGAUGAGCAAAAGCCCUCAAAAUCCGCCACUUCACCACCACCACCACCAGCCGCAGCAGUUGAGUUUUGGUAGGGUUGGGGAUGCAUUUGGCGCCAUCGAAUUGGACUUUUCGUCGUACAACCACCACAGAGGAGGCGUUUCGUACCAUAAUGACCAGAACGCCCAUCAGAAUUUUGGUGGCGGUGGCGGCAGUGGUGGUGGUGUGUCUUUGACUCUUGGAUUGCAACAACACGGGGGGAAUGGGGUGAGCCUGGCGUUUUCACCUUCGACUUCCCAGAGUUCUCUUUUUUACCCUAGGGAUCACAUCGACGAUUGCCAGCACGUUCAGUACUCUAUCAUGGACGGUAGUGAAGCACAGAAUUUGCCUUACAGAAACUUGAUGGGUGCACAAUUGCUUCAUGACUUGACCGGAUAAAGGAAAAGAGAAGGUAAAAUUAAUAUAAUACAUACAGAAUUUUCAUAUGAAAUACUUAUGCAGAAUGAUGCGGCGUCACGUGAUGCUCUUAUUUCGAAAGAUAUCACUGUAGCCGCAUCGUUCUGAACAAGUUUCCUACGUGAAAAUGAUGUUUGUAUGUCACUUUCUUGGUAGAGGUUUAAAAAAAAAAAAAAAAAAAAGAUGAGAAGAAAAGGGUGGCGGUGAGUCGGUGACGGUUGCCGGAGUUCUUGUUGAGAGGAUGGUGAUGGUGGAAAAAACUUUAAUGGGGGUAUAGACGAAUUACUUGAUACACAGACAUAGACUUAUGUUUCUAGCUAGGCAAAUUUUACAUGAUAUGUACAAUGAAAGUUACUGCCGCAUAGUAGUUGGUAGUUUUCCAAGCUUUUGUAGCUUUGGAGAAGAAUAUUUUGAUUGCUCUUAGGUUGAAUAUUUUGGAAUGGCCAGGUGAUUGAUGCAUGAAAUAUACAGAUAUAUUUCUUCCUAUA